UCCUCCUUUCGCUUUCCUUCUCUGCUCCAAGGCGUUCUUCCGGCCUGGCUUAGGCGCCGCCGGCGGUCGUCGUCGUCGUGCUCGGCUGAGGCCAGAGGCGGAGGAAAGGAGACUCUUCCGCGGUCAGGAGAUGUCCCGACCCAGCAGCGUCUCGCCCCGGCCUCCGGGAGGUGGGCCCCAGACGGCGGGCCCCGCGGCCGCCUCCGCCUCGUCGGCGUCGUCCUCUGGCCCCGGUGGCGGCCGGGCCAAGGGGCUGAAGGAGAUUCGCAUCGACGAAGAAGUGAAGAUCGCCGUGAACAUCGCCCUGGAGCGGUUCCGCUAUGGGGACCAGCGAGAAAUGGAAUUUCCAUCGUCUUUGACCAGUACUGAAAGAGCAUUCAUUCACCGAUUGAGUCAGUCUCUUGGUCUGAUUUCCAAAAGUAAGGGGAAAGGAGCAAACAGAUAUCUCACUGUGAAGAAAAAAGAUGGAUCAGAAUUGGCACAUGCAGUGAUGACCUGUAAUUUGACUCUGAAUACAAAGCAUGCAAUUAGGAGCCUAGUACAGAGAUUUCCUGUCACCAACAAAGAACGCACAGAGCUUUUGCCGAAGACAGAGAGAGGAAAUGUAUUUGCUGUUGAAGCAGAGAACAGAGAGAUGAGCAAAACAAGUGGGCGACUUAACAAUGGUAUCCCUCAAAUCCCAGUGAAACGUGGAGAAUCAGAGUUUGAUUCAUUUCGACAAUCUCUGCCAGUUUACGAAAAGCAAGAUGAAAUUGUUAGAAUUAUUAAAGAAAAUAAAGUUGUUUUGAUUGUGGGUGAAACUGGAUCAGGAAAAACUACACAGAUUCCUCAGUUUCUACUUGAUGACUGUUACAAAAAUGGAAUACCCUGUCGAAUAUUUUGCACUCAGCCAAGACGUUUAGCAGCAAUAGCUGUGGCUGAAAGGGUUGCUGCUGAAAGAAGAGAGAAGAUUGGCCAGACCAUUGGUUAUCAGAUCCGACUGGAAAGCAGAGUUUCUCCAAAGACACUGUUAACAUUUUGCACCAAUGGUGUAUUACUUCGUACACUAAUGGCUGGAGAUAGUGCACUGUCAACAGUAACUCAUGUCAUUGUGGAUGAAGUCCAUGAGAGGGAUCGCUUCAGUGAUUUCCUGUUAACAAAGUUAAGAGAUACUUUACAGAAACACUCAUCUUUGAAACUGAUACUCUCUAGUGCUGCUCUGGAUGUGAACCUGUUUGUCAGAUACUUUGCAGGCUGUCCAGUAAUAUAUAUACCAGGAAGACCUUUUGAAGUCAAAGAAAUGUUCCUGGAAGACAUAUUAAGAAGUACAGGCUAUACAAAUAAAGAGAUGAUUAAAUACAAAAAGGAAAAACUGCGAGAGGAGAAACAACAGACAACUCUGACUGAAUGGUAUUCUGCACAAGACAAUAGCAAGCUAGAACUUCAACGACAAAGGGCAGUUACAAAUGUAGCUGAAGAUAAUGAUCUGUUGGAUGAUGGCGGUGACACAGUUUUCAGUCAGUUGGCUGAAAAAGAUGUCAACUGUCUUGAACCUUGGUUAAUUAAAGAGAUGGAUGCUUGUCUUUCUGAUAUUUGGCUGCAUAAAGAUAUUGAAGCCUUUGCACAGGUGUUCCACCUUAUUUUAACUGAAAAUGUCAGUGUUGAUUACAGGCACAGUGAUACAAGUGCAACAACCUUAAUGGUAGCUUCUGGAAGAGGUUUCUUGAGUCAAGUAGAACAGCUGAUUGGUAUGGGAGCAAAUGUUCACAUCAAAUCAUCCAAUGGCUGGACAGCCUUGGACUGGGCUAAACAUUUUGGACAAACAGAAGUGAUUGAUCUGUUGGAGUCUUAUUGUGCCUCACUAGAGUCUGGUAAUCUAGAUGAAAGUUCCUUGGUCCAUGCUAAUGCAAGUGAACUUAGUGCUGAAGAUCGAGAAAUCCUGAAAGCUUAUCAUCACAGUUUUGAUGAUGAAAAGGUGGAUCUUGACUUGAUCAUGCACUUGCUGUUCAAUAUCUGUCAUAGCUGUGAUGCAGGAGCAGUUUUAAUUUUUCUUCCUGGAUAUGAUGAGAUUGUUGGCUUGAGGGAUCGCAUUCUAUUUGAUGACAAAAGGUUUGCCGAUAACAAUCACAGAUUCCAAGUUUUUAUGUUGCAUUCAAAUAUGCAGACAUCUGAUCAGAAGAAAGUGUUAAAGCCCUCACCUCCAGGCAUACGCAAAAUAAUACUUUCUACAAAUAUUGCUGAAACAAGUAUCACAGUUAAUGAUGUUGUCUUUGUGAUUGAUUCCGGAAAAAUGAAGGAGAAGUCCUUUGAUGCAUUGAACUGUGUAACAAUGUUAAAGAUGGUAUGGAUUUCUAAAGCUAGUGCCAUUCAAAGGAAGGGCAGGGCAGGACGUUGUCGACCUGGAAUUUGUUUCCGACUUUUCAGUAGACUAAGGUUUCAAAAUAUGCUGGAAUUUCAGACUCCAGAGCUUCUAAGAAUGCCUCUGCAGGAGCUUUGUUUGCAUACAAAACUGCUAGCUCCUAUCAAUUGUCCAAUUGCUGACUUUUUAAUGAAAGCUCCAGAGCCGCCACCUGCUUUAAUUGUGAGAAAUGCUGUGCAGAUGCUUAAGACAAUAGAUGCUAUGGAUACCUGGGAGGAUCUGACAGAACUUGGCUAUCAUCUGGCUGACUUACCAGUCGAACCCCACCUUGGUAAAAUGGUCUUAUGCGCUGUUGUUCUCAAGUGCCUGGAUCCUAUUCUGACCAUUGCGUGCACCCUUGCAUAUCGUGACCCUUUUGUGCUACCAACACAGGCCUCUCAAAAACGUGCAGCCAUGCUGUGUAGAAAACGGUUUACUGCAGGAACAUUUAGUGAUCAUAUGGCCCUUCUCAGGGCUUUUCAGGCAUGGCAGAAGGCACGAAGUGAUGGCUGGGAAAGAGCUUUUUGUGAGAAGAACUUCCUUUCUCAGGCAACAAUGGAGAUUAUCAUAGGAAUGAGAACACAGUUGCUUGGGCAGCUCAGAGCAUCAGGUUUUGUAAGAGCCAGAGGUGGUGGAGAUAUAAGAGAUGUUAAUACAAACUCAGAGAACUGGGCUGUGGUCAAAGGUGCCUUAGUAGCUGGAAUGUAUCCAAAUAUAGUUCAUGUUGACAGAGAGAACAUUGUGUUGACUGGGCCAAAAGAGAAAAAAGUGCGAUUUCAUCCUACCUCAGUUCUGAGCCAACCACAGUAUAAAAAGAUUCCUCCAGCUAAUGGCCAAGUGGCAGCUAUUCAGGCACUCCCUACAGACUGGCUUAUAUAUGAUGAAAUGACAAGAGCCCACCGAAUUGCUAAUGUCAGGUGCUGUUCAGCUGUGACUCCAGUCACUGUAGCCCUCUUCUGUGGAUCAGCUAGAUUGCCAAGUAAUGCUUUGCAGGAGCCUUCAUCGUUCAGAGUAGAUGGUGCUCCUAAUGAUAGCAGUGACAGUGAAAUGGAAGACAAAACAACAGCUAAUUUGGCUGCAUUGAAACUGGAUGAAUGGCUCAAUUUCAAACUAGAUCCAGAGGCUGCCAGCCUCCUCCUCCAACUGAGACAGAAAUGGCACAGCUUAUUUCUCCGGCGGAUGAGAGCGCCUUCAAAGCCCUGGUCUCAGGUUGACGAGGCAACUAUACGAGCGAUCAUUGCUGUGUUGAGCACUGAAGAACAGUCUGCAGGUCUGCAGCAGCCUUCUGGAAUCGGACAGAGACCCAGGCCCAUGUCAUCUGAAGAACUUCCUGUAGCAUCUUCGUGGAGAUCAAACUCUAGUCGAAAAAGCUCGGCAGAAGGAGAAUUCGUAGAUGAUGCAUUUAAUCCUGAAAAAAAUCCCCCCAAAGCGUCUUUAAGUUAUGAUAUAAACAAAGAGCAGAACAGUACAAUAUUAAGAGUUCUAAUGAAGUCUGCAUCUCCAGCAUUUCACCAACCACUGAAAUUCAAAGAGAGAAGUGUCCAGCAUUCCAAAAGAAGCACAGAUGACAGGUCAGACCAGUUAUCUCUGAAAUCUACGGACAGUAGCAGUUACCCCAGCCCCUGUGCCAGUCCCUCUCCUCCAUCAUCUGGAAAGGGCUCGAAGUCUCCUUCCCCACGGCCAAAUAUGCCUGUUCGAUACUUUAUUAUGAAAAGCAGCAAUUUGAGGAAUCUUGAGAUUUCACAGCAGAAGGGAAUUUGGUCUACAACCCCAAGUAAUGAGCGAAAGCUGAAUCGAGCCUUUUGGGAGAGCAGUGUUGUUCACUUGGUGUUUUCUGUUCAAGGCUCAGGCCAUUUCCAGGGUUUUGCUCGAAUGUCUUCAGAGAUAGGUCGUGAAAAAAGCCAAGACUGGGGCUCUACAGGUUUAGGAGGAGUAUUCAAAGUGGAAUGGAUCCGUAAGGAAAGCCUUCCCUUUCAGUUUGCUCAUCAUUUGCUAAAUCCUUGGAAUGACAACAAGAAAGUACAAAUAAGUCGAGAUGGCCAGGAAUUGGAACCUCAGGUUGGUGAACAACUGCUACAGUUGUGGGACCGUAUUCCUUUAGGGGAGAAAAACACAGCUGAUUGAAAAUACUGUAAAAGGUUCCGAGUCAUGCAUUCUCUCUUGAUGUUGCACCCCAUAUGAAUCAGUCAGCCAAGAUCACCAGGGCACCUGCAGAAAAAGGAAGAAUGAGAAUGAAGCAGGCUGAAGGAAUUCAGUGGAACAGACUGGAAAUGCAACUACUUUCUGCUUUGAAAGAAGCAGCGUGGACUGCUCUUAAUUUUGUUGAAAUGUUACACUGAUGCUUCAUUUACAAACAUAAGGACACCCAAUCAGACAGAAACCUUUGGUGGACUCGAAAUAGUGUUGUCAUAUAUAUUUAAUAUUUCUUCCUGAAGAAACAAAACGUUCUCAGUAGUGUUCUGUUCAGACACAAUGCUCUACAAAAAAAGGUUCAGAGAUAAAGUCUUCUGCUGCUGAAAUAAAAACUUGUGAGAGAUUAAAUUGCUUGGAUUAAAUUACUUAAAAUUAUAACAUGGAUGCCUUUAACACACUAGCUUCAGGAUAUUUAAAUUUUAACGUUUUUCUGUGUCAAGUAUGCAGACACAAAAAUAUAUAUUGCAUUUUUUUUGUAGGGGAUGAACUUCAAUGUUGAAGGAAAAGACCCUUCAAAAAGCUUCUGGGCAUUGGAUUGGCUACAUCAUAACCACUUUCUCAAAACCAUUGCCAGCAGUGUUUUCUUCUCAUUUCCAAUAUUACCUGGUUCUUCUUAUUCAUUUUGUUAAUUUAAUUAGUUUUUUUCAAAAUAGGCUUUCUUCAACAAAGUUGAUGCAUAUGUAUUUUCCAUGUAUAGCACCACUGUACCCAUUAAAUGUAGCUCUAGUCUUGUGAGAAAUAUCUGUCUAAGCAGAAGUUUAAGUGGGGAGAGAAAUGUCAUAUUGAAUUGGAAGGAAAUUAACAAGAUUGGCUUUAAUUUUUGCAGUCUUCAAAGCUAGUAAAAAGAGUUCCAGAUUUCCCCACCCCCAUAAAAUUGCAAUGUGAAAGUAGAAGAGACGGAGAGGUUUCCUUUUCAAUUAAACACUACAUGAGCAUUCUGACAAAGAUUCUGGAUUUAGGGUGACACUUUUUUUUCAUAUUUCAGUAUAGAUUGACUUCUUCAUGGUUCCUGGUAAUAAGUGAUUGAGUUCUUCUGUACACCAAUGUAGCAAUCUCUUACUAUGUUUUACUGACUGUGAUCCAAAUCACCUUAUCUGUUUACAAGUUGCAAAUUGGAAAUAAGGUAUCUUUAGAUUAAACUUGUUUUGUUUCUAUC